GACAGUGGUAUCGGCCAGCAGCAGUCAUUUGAUCGAUUCAAGCUCAUUCAGGAUGCGGGCAACCGCAUCAUCCCCGUUAGGGACGACAGUCCGCUCGACGAUCAAUCAAAAAAGCGAACAAUUCGUCGGACGCGGCUGUGGGCAACAGCACAGGAUGCGGAGGAAGAGGGCUCGGAGGAGGGGAAGAAGCGAGGGGACGAGACUGAAGAUGUGGCCGCCGAGGAAGGAGAAGGAGUGGAAGCCACUGAACAAAGUGAGGAGGAGGAGGCCGAAGAGCUCUCCCCGGAGGACCAAGCUAAGGCCGCUUUGCGGGCGGAGUUGAAGGAGUUGGAGAAGGAGUUAGCCAAGAAGCGGAAUGAGCUGACAGAGGCCCAAGACCGGCUUAAAACUGUGGGGAAAGAGGGUUUUAUGCGUCUUGCGGCCGAGGUUGAGACAUACAAACGCCGACGAGCGGACGGAUUGACCUACGUGCGGGAGGAAGCUGCGCAAGAAACCAUGAAGCAGCUGCUGCCGGUCUUCGACCUGAUGGAGGAGCUGGAGGAGAGGUAUGCGGACGUUACCAGCGAGGCCUCUUUGAAGGUGCUGAAUGGGUACAAGAACCUCCUGCAGGUCUUUGUGGGCAAGGCUGAGAGGCUGGGUGUCAAGGUCUUGGAGAUCGCGGCAGGUGAUGCAUAUGACGAGGAGAGCAUGGAGGUGGGGGAGGUUGUGGUCGGGGAGGCGGACGGGGUGGUCGUGGAAGUGGAGCAGAAAGGGUAUCAGAUCGGAGAGCGGGUGGCGCGACGGGCCAGGGUGAAGGUGAGUGCCACGGAGGCCACGCUACAGAAGGCGAAGGAGGAGGAGAAGGAGGAAGAGGGAGACAGCGAGGCGAAGGAGGACUCUGGCCAGGAGUAGGGGGCAGCGGACGGCUUGAGCCUUGCGUGGCGAGGAGGAGAGGCGUGAGGCGAUAUCAAAGAGGGAGGCAUGAGGAAAUAUGAUGAGAGAGGAGCGGGGAGUAUCGCGCUUGUUGCUUAUGGUCAGGGCAUCCAAGACUCCGGUAGAAAUGAAUAACCGCUUUUAAG